GUAUCUUGUCGGGAUGGUAGCUGUGACACAAACAGACGGCAUUUUCAAGGAUCCACAUGGUUGGAAAGUUUGUAGGAGGAAAGCUUGGAGAUGUAAGAUCAGUCAGGAUGACAAGAAGUGGGAUGGUUAUCAUUGACUGUGUAUCAAAGCGUCAGAGAGAUAAAGCCCUGAAGAUUCAUGCAUUUAGAGAUUAUAGCAGUGUGAAUUGCUUCCUACUUGGAGCAGAAAUAAAGAAGAAGGGAGUAGUAAUUGGUGUGCCACUGACAGUAGAGGCCGAGUCAUUUCGGGAGGUUAAAGAUGCGUGUGAGGCAAGAUUCCGAAAAGGGGAAAAGGAGGAGGAGUAACUCAGUGUGUUUGACAUUUGAGGGGGAGUUGCCGGAAAGAGUGUAUCUAGAUUAUGUGUGUUACAGGGUGAGGCCAUAUGAGAGAGCUCCUCUCAGAUGUUUCUGCUGUCAGGAAUAUGGACAUGUUGCUGCAGUAUGUAGAGGAGGCAGAAGAUGUGGGAGAAGUGCAAAGUAGAGAAAGAGCAAGCAAAGUGCCUGCGCUGCAAAGGAAACCACCAUACGGGAUCAGCACAGUGUCCAAAAAGAAUUUAAGGAAGUAAAAAUGAACAAGAUCAGAGCAGAAAAGGGAUCGUCAUAUGCUGAAGCUGCUAACAGAAAUGCUGCUAACAGGUGAAAUGGUGGCAGUGCAAAAGGAAAAGGAGAAGAAAGGAAAUGGAAAUGAUCGGAGCAUGAGUGUGGACAAGAAACGACAUUUCUGGCAUUUAUUGCCAUGGUUAUAAAUUGUGCAGCUGAAAUAAAGGGGAAGUUGGAAAGGAUUAAUAAGGUGCUGGAUGCUGCAAGAAGGUUCUUGAAUGUUGUAGACACAUCCGGAGAGGAUGUAAUGCACAAUUAUGGAUGCCAACCGCCAUAAAACUCAGAAGAAGAAGGAAAAAGAAGGAAAAGGUAUCCGAUAAAAAGGGAGCCAGGUCCACUCAACUAAUGAGAUCUAAGCGGUAGCUAACCAGGGGAAAUGGAGUCAGAGGAGGAAUCAGAGCGUGAAAUUAGAAACGAGGAUUCGAGAGGAUUUGAAAAUAAAAAGAAAAGGAAGAAGAGUAACUCAAGUGAAUCCGGUCAGAAAGAGGAAAAGUAUCUUGUUCGGAUGAUAGCUGUGACACAAACAGACGGCAUUUUUAAGAAUCCACAUGAGGUUGGAAAGUUUGUAGGAGGAAAGUUUGGAGAUGUCAGAUCGGUCAGGAUAACAAGAAGUGGGAUGGUUAUCAUUGACUGUGUGUCAAAGCGUCAGAGAGAUAAAGCCCUGAAGAUGCAUGCAUUUGGAGAGUAUAGCAGUGUGGACUGCUUCCCACUUGGACCAGAAGUAAAGAAGAAGGGGGUAGUAAGCGGCGCGUCACUGUCGGUGGAGGCCGAGUCAUUUCGGGAGGUUGAAGGUGUGUGUGAGGCAAGAAGGCUGACAAGAUUCAGAAAUGGGUAGAAAGAGGACAGUAACUCAGUGUGUUUGACUUUUGAGGGGGAAUUACCAGAAAGAGUGUACCUAGAGUACAGUGUGUGUUACAGGGUGAGGCCAUAUGAGAGAGUGCCUCUCAGGCGUUUCUGCUGUCAGGAAUAUGGACAUGUUGCUGCAGUAUGUAGAGGAGGCAGAAGAUGUGGGCGAUGUGAGAAGGAAAACUGUAACAUGGAGAAGUGUAAAGUGAAGAAAGAGCAAGCAAAGUGCCUGCACUGCAAGGGAAACCACUAUACGGGAUCAGCACAGUGUCUAAAAAGAAUUAAGGAAAUAAAAAUGAAUAAGAUCAGAGCGGAAAAGGGAUCGUCAUAUGCUGAAGCUGCUAAGAGUAUGGAGAGAAACGGUGAAAGGGUGGUAGUUCAAAAGGAAAAGGAGAAGAAAGGAAAUGGAGAUGAGCAAAACAUCAGUAUGGACAAGAAGCGAUUUCUGGCAUUUAUUGCGGCUGAAAUAAAGGGGAAGUCAGAAAGGAUUAAUAUGGUGCUGGACGCUGCAAGAAGAUUCUUGACUAUGGCAUGGGAUCACGUUGGGUGGACACUGUAAAAAGUUUAAACUGUGAAGCUGUUAAAAUUCAGUAGGUGGCGGUAAUGCGCAAGUAGGGACGCCAACCGCCAUAAAACUCAAGAAGAAGAAGAAGAAGAAGAAGAAGAAGAAGAAGGAAAAAGAAAUUUAAAAAAGCAGCAGCAGCGCAAGCACCACCUUGUUACAGCGCUCGAUGAAAAACGCCAAAUGGCCGGCAGUAGACUAGAGAGGUUUGGAACCGUAUUCACCCGGGUUCGAGAUCUGAUGCGCUCUGGAGUCAUAAAACCACCCAAGAAACCCAUCUGGUAUGAUGUAUAUGAGGCUUUUCCACCAACGACUUCACUUCACGUGAAGCCACAUACCAGACCCUGUACCAAGAAACAGGAGACUGUGCCUGAAAUCUUCUACAGAGAGGAUGAAGUUAGAGCGAAGUUCUAUGAGCAGUAUGGGACGGGUCCUCGGCCUAUUGAUCUGUCCAAAUCAAACUUUGUUUCUGUGUGUCAGAGGUUUGUAGACAAGUACACAGAGUUAAAGAGCCACAGUGAGAUGGAUGACUCUGCUCUCUUUGAGGAGACUGGGAAGGCUUUACUCAGAGAUGGCAUCGUGCUGAGAAGGAGAGGAGCUCCUUCUGUGUCAGCAGAGACCAGGGAUCCAGUGCUCGAGCUGAAGCUAACAGACAUGUUGACAGAGCAGCGGUCGGUCAGUGCUGACAGUGAGGACACAAUGGAACACACCACACACAAACCUUAGACCUCAGCAGCUCAAGGACCAUUUUAUGAGCUGCAGAUUCUCCACACCAGAUAUGCUGUUUGACUGACUUUUAGAAGCUGUAGUUCUGUUAUUGCUCCUCCUCUGGAAGUGAUGGUCAUCUGUAGAAAACAGCUUUAUUUCAACCUCCAAGUCAUGACAUGCCUGUCACGGAUCGCAACCAACAUCAGGAACUGUUCUGUGGACUGUUAACAUGCCAGCUUCAUGUUUCCUAGACUGAUGUCACAUAGAUGUAAAGUCCAACAGUGCACUACAGGUUGUUGUCAUUAAAGCAUCAAAAGAGCUACAAACCCUAAA